UAAGUCGCUUUGGAUAAAAGCGUCUGCUAAAUGACUAAAUGUAAAUGAUGUUAAACAUUUUUAAUUUAGAUGUUUUUAGAUUCUAAAAAUACAGUUUUCAGCCGGCGAGAUGUGGAUACAAUGUGUUUGCGUAGGAGGCUGCUUAAAUGGGGAACAUGCUCAAGAGUUUGGCUGUGAAUCAGCGGUGAAUUGAAUAUUUCAUCUGAAAUGUCUUUGAUUUUUUUUUUUUCAGCUGCAGACAGUCUUCAAGUCAGAAAUGAGCCAAAUGAAGCUGCCCCAGGCUGGACUUGUCCUCUGGAUGUGUGUAAUGAACAGGGUCCUGGACACAGCAGCAGCAGCAUUGUUAAUCACCCAAUGUGUGAUCAUGCAAUACACCAGCAUCACCUGCUACUGGACAACAACUGACCACCACCUGAACAUCAGCGGCUACACACUUCAGAUUAACAAAGCCUCUUGUGAGAGUAAACACAGCUUCAUCUCGGUUGGUGUCUGUAAUACCAGAGGCUCUCACUGCUCCGUUCAUCCCAUCGAUUCAGCAUUUCACUGUUUCUGCGCAGAUGUGCUGGCGUCCACACGCAAUGGAUCCUUACACUCACCACCGUACUUCUUCAAUGGGGUCAAUGCAGUGAAACUUCCUCCUCCAGAGAUAAAAGAUCUCAAGCCAUCAGAGAGAAAGCCUGGGUGCUUGCAGGUGGACUGGAGAAUGGCUGAGAGCUUUCACAAGAAUGAGAAAGUCUACAUACUGCUCCAAAUGGAGUACACGACACACAACCAGACCCGAUCCCAGACUAUACAAGCGUUUUCCAAUGAGACAUUGGAGAUGUGUGACCUUCACCCAGGAUCCAGGUAUACAGUGAGACUGAGGUCUCAGGACAGUCGAGCACACGCUCACUGGAGCUCGUGGACCUCUAUAGACACAACCACAGUGGAGAAAGCUCCGUCUGCGGCUCCUCGGCUCUGGAGACUCAUCCAACCUGCAGAAGAAGCUGGAAAGAGACACCUCACCCUGCUCUGGAAGCCUGUGUCCUGGCCUGAGGUCAAUGGUGUUGUGCUCAGUUACUCGGCGUCCUGUCGCAGUGAUCUGGGUUCAUCACAGUGGACCUGUGACACUGUAAACGCAUCCAGACACUCCUGCGUCCUCACUGUCUCUGACGAUCCCUGUCACUGCAGCCUGACGGCGACAAACUCUGCUGGGACGUCACCUCCAGCUCACAUCUCCAUACCUGCACAUACACAAGCAGAAGAACUCCCACCCCCUCAGAUUAUCAGCGUCACCCCAUUGGACGACACUCAGAUAAAGGUGGAAUGGACAGCUGCACUGAACCAAUCAGAGAGCGGCUUUGUGGUGCAAUGGACUUCUGUGCCUUACAUUGAACCAACUAGUCUGCACUGGGAACUUAUGAAUGAAACUGCAAGAAGUUUUAUUCUCACAGGUCUUCUGCCAGAAAUCCCAUAUAAUCUGUCGGUCGUGAGUCUGCAUGGGCAACAGACAGGAAGGGACAUGUCAGUCAUUGCUUUCACACGGGAAGGAGCGCCCUCUGUCGGCCCAGAUGUGACAGUGCUGAAGACGAGCAGCAGCGGUGUGGUUCUGAAAUGGGACCCUGUUCCUUUAGAGAAACUUCAUGGCUUCAUCCACAGCUAUACUGUAAUCUACAGCAUACAUGGCAAAGAAAAAAGUGUGAAGGUAGAAGCUCAUGUUGAACAGAUACAUCUCAGUGAACUGACAGAAGGAACCUAUAACAUCUGUGUAAUGGCUCAUACUGCAGUAGGGGCCACCGCGGGACCCUGUCAGAUGGUGGUUGUGGGGCUUGAGGAUGUACAAGUGAUUCCCAUACUGCUGUGUGCACUUCUGCUGUGCUUUCUGAUUCUAAUCAUCCCAGUAUGUCUGAGGGUGAGGAUUAAACAGUGUCUGUGCCCGACUGUACCAGACCCUUCAAAAAGCAGCCUGUUCGUCUGGUCCAACACUAAACCUUAUCAGCAUAAGGUAACAUCCACGUCCACUAUGAGCUCCAUCCUCCCUGUGGAUCGGACUACAAUCUAUCAGGAUUAUGUUGAGAAAGACUACGUCCCUGUCCAGGUGUUCACCUCCCACACUGCACAUGCCAGCAAUGAGCCUGAAGCCAAGACAUACGACAGCACUUCUGCUAUAACAUUCCUGGACCCCAAACUCUCACCAGCUCAAGCUUUCCACACACAUCUCCUCAACCAGAGCUACACCAAACCAGACCAAGUCAUUCCUGCUGGAUAUAAAGAAGAUCCCCAGCCUUCAUCUGACCAUCUCUUGUUUGAUUCACUCUUCUCCUGCAAAAUUAAUGAAGCUGAUUUAUGUGGCUACAUCCAUGUGUCCCAGACCUACACGCCAGUCAUUAAGACCAUAGACACGUACAGGACUCUUGAUCUGAAUGAGUGUCCGCAUUUCCUACAGGUUUUACCGAAGGACACCAGCACAACUAUGGUUCAUUGCAGCAUAAAUAACGAGUCGUGCAACACUGGGGUUUCACAGUCCCACUCUCUCCAGCCCAACAAAACAUGAGCCCUCUGUGUGCUUCCUGAUUGACAGAUAGUUGAAACGGCAUAAACUGUGUCCAAUGUAGGCAGCUGCAGUUAAUAAUAACAGUUGCACAGGAUUUGCAUCCAAUUGCAUCCAACAUGUCAAGGCACUGCCUGAGGACCGCUAGUCAUUUCCACAUGACACCUUUCUCACAAAACCACUCUGGUCUCGAGUCAAAUGUGCAUUAACCACUGAUACCCAUUUGCCAAACGCAUGGAGAAAAUGUGCCGUGUUGGAAUAUUUCCUUUCGUUGCAUGGAAACUUGGCCUAUAUUUGCUAUUCCUGAGAUAAAACAGUGCCAUUUUACUGGUGACAUAAUAUAGCUUUUCUCAUUUUUUAUAAGCAAAUGGUGCUUGAAAAAUACAAGUAUUCACAUUAUGUUAGUUUCAUAUUGUGAUAUUUGGUUUAAAUUUUUAUUGCAUAAUUAGUCAACUUAAACCCUCCCAUUUCUGUUGACACGAUAAAGGACAAACAGCUCCAGACGGGACAACACGUUCCUCGGGUUGGUUUUUAUAUUGUGUAUUUCUGAUGUAGCUCUGCUGCUCGUGUUAUACCUGUCAUCUCCUGCUUUCUGCUCUGUCCAAGUUUCCUCUGUUGGCCUUUUUGGAUAUCAGACAAAACUAAAUUCUAACUGGGUUUGGAUAUCAGAUGAAAACUUGAUUUAA